AUGGGCGAGGAAGUGACACUGGCUUUUUCGUGCAGGGCCGAAACCAUCUUCGGCUACAGUAUACGAGUGGUGGGCGACUGUGACGCGCUUGGCAACUGGAAUCCGGCCAGGGCACCAGCCCUCACCACAGAUGCUUCGGAAUAUCCCAAAUGGUUUGGGAACAUUCAAUGCCGAGCGGUGCCCACCGAGUACAAGUUCGUCAAAUUUGACGAAUUUCAAAAUGCAGUGUGGGAGGAAGGGGACAACCGGUACUUUGCGGUAACCGACGACGGAGUGGUCACCCGAAACGGUGAAUCCGGAGAGCCCGCCACUCCCAUUUUUGGCGUGAAGGACCCUUCGUAUGUGCCGAGGCUUGCGAGCGGAAGAUCUCGGAAAACCUCAUUUGAGGAUGAGGUCAAAGAGUAUGCGGUGCCGAUCCCGGCGACCCCAAAAAACAAAGUGGCCAGCGGGACAGCAGGCUUCCAAGAUGAACUCCACUUCAAAGUUGUUUGCGCUUGGACUGGCAUGGGCGACCACGUGUCGGUGGUCGGUUCCUGCGAGGAGUAUCUCGGCAGCGCCGAACAGGAUGCGUUGGAUGAUGUUGGAUGA